CUCUCUUUUCAUUUCUGAAGUGCAGGAUGAAAGGAUAUAAACACCGACCACAGUGAACAAGGAGAACUCCCUCAGUAAAGAGUCUACAGUUUAUAAAAAAAGACUCUAGGGCUCCUUGCUGCGGUGCACACGAAGCAUCUGAAAGCCUGAAAACAGAAGCACACUGUCCAUGAUGUGUUCACCAAGCCAGGUUUUGGUGAAGCAUAGUGCAGCCAAUCGUCAGAAGCUGGAGUUCAUUGUGCAGAGAAGGAGGAGUUCAUCUAUUUCGUUCACUUGUAUGAGGUCAAAGAGGCCAGAAUUCAUGACAUUAAAAAAUAAGGUCUGAACUCUGUUGAGGACAGGAGAACUUUAGUUUAUUUAAAAGCAACAACAGCUACUAUGAAAUACGUUUUUACUAUGCUCAUUGAUCUUAUUUGGCUGUGGAGCACUUUCACCCUGUUGUGCAUGAUUCAACAUGGUGAGUCAACAGGUCAGCGGGAGGCGGUGCCUCUGCUCUGAGCCACUGAAAUGCUGGGAUAGACAACAAAAGGCAGAGCUCAGAGAAUCUUUCCAUACUCAUUAACUCUCAGUAAAAACAGGCAUGGAGCUUGGAUCUCUAGUUAGUGCUGUUAGAAGUAACAGAGUACUGACUGGUAAUGAAGUGAGUCCAGCUGUCAUUAUAAUCAAAGAUGGAAAAAUACAGCAAAUACUCUCUUGCAGUAACUUUACUGAGGAUGUUGGCUGUGAGGUGCUGGAUGUGGGUGACAGCUUGGUGAUGCCAGGCAUUGUAGACUGUCACGUUCAUGUGAAUGAGCCAGGCCGCACCUCAUGGGAGGGCUUCUGGACAGCUACCAGGGCCGCUGCAGCGGGAGGAGUGACAACCAUUGUGGAUAUGCCCUUAAACAGCAUCCCUCCAACCACAACACUUAGAAAUUUUCAAGAGAAGCUGAAGGAGGCGACAGGGAAGUGCUUUGUGGACGUAGCCUUCUGGGGAGGUGUUGUUCCUGGAAAUCAGCUUGAACUUCGCCCUAUGAUCCAGGCUGGCGUUGCUGGCUUUAAGUGUUUCCUCAUCCACAGUGGCGUUGAUGAGUUCCCCCAUGUGGCUGAAUUUGAUCUCCAUACAGCUAUGAAGCAGCUCCAGGGCACAGGAAGCGUUCUGCUGUUUCAUGCAGAAAUGGAUGUUCACCCAACAACAGAGAAGAUUGGUGGUGACCCUUCCCACUACUCCACCUUUCUGCAGUCCCGGCCGGACAUUAUGGAGACGGAAGCUAUUCGGACUGUUACAGAACUCUGUCUGCAAUACCGGGUGCGAUGCCAUAUUGUUCACUUGUCAUCUGCAAAGGCUCUGAAACUGAUCCAAAAAGCUCGACAAGCUGGAGCCCCUUUAACAGUGGAGACUACCCAUCAUUACCUUAGUUUGUGUGCAGAAAACAUACCUCUGGGGGCCACACAGUUUAAGUGCUGUCCUCCCAUCCGGGGUUCUGCUAACCAGGAGCAGUUAUGGUCUGCACUGAAAACUGGACAGAUUGACAUGGUGGUCUCUGAUCACUCCCCCUGUACCCCUGAUCUUAAGAAACUGGAGAGUGGGGACUUCACGCAGGCUUGGGGAGGGAUUUCAUCAUUGCAGUUUGGUUUGCCUCUGUUCUGGAGUUCAGCCAGUAAGAGAGACUUUCAGCUGGCUGACGUGGUCCGGCUCAUGAGCCGAAACCCAGCCUACCUGAGCAGUCUGGGCCACCUGAAGGGCAGCCUGGCCCCUGGCUUUGAUGCCGACUUGGUCAUAUGGGACCCAGAGACAGGUUUUCAGAUUCAAGAAGAAGGAAUACACCACAGAAACAAGCUGACGCCGUACCUCGGCUUCACACUGCAGGGAGUGGUGCGUGCAACCAUCCUGAGAGGGCAACUGGUGUACAAAGACGGCAACUUCUGCUCUGAACCUCUUGGAAAUCAUCUCUUCAUCUGUCAGAAGACGAAUCAAGCACAGCUGUGAAGCAAGAUCUGACAAUAAAUCUCAGUUAAUUUAGAA